CCCCCCCCCCCCCCCCCCCCCCCCCCCCCAUCAACAGUAUCAAAUAUUUGCAUUCCUGCAAUCUCAUUUGAUAUUAUUCUUUCUCUACCUCACAGAUCUUGAGCGUUUACAGAGCUCGAAAAUUCGUUUGCGACAGCUCCAGCUUUCAAAUCAGCAAAACAAAUCAACCCUUUUUUUAACCCAUUUCGUGUUUUCGUCUUACAAUAACACAUCAUCAUCAUCAUGACUUCCACUAUGGAUUAUGAGAACGAGAACGGCACUCGUUACGAAGAUGAGGCUCCUCGAUACGAGCGUGAUCGCAGCGCAUCUCCUCGUCCAACUCGUCGCAAUGACAGCCCACGUGGAGGACCUCGCCGAUCUGCUUCCCCAGACAGAAACGGUCGUGCCGAUGAGCGCAGCGGACCUAAGAAUGAUCGCGGACCAGGACCACAAGAUGAUGGUGCUGUUAACCCAGGUUCUAACCUUUUCGUCACUGGUAUUCACCCACGUCUUCUCGAAGAAGAGGUUUCUCGUCUUUUCGAGAAGUAUGGUGAUGUUGAGAAGUGCCAAAUUAUGCGCGACCCUCACACCCGUGAAUCUCGUGGUUUUGGUUUCGUCAAGAUGAUCACUUCUGAUCAAGCUGAUGCUGCCAAGGAAGGCCUUCAAGGUGAGGUUAUCGAAGGCCGCACUUUGAGCAUUGAAAAGGCUCGUCGUGCUCGUCCUCGUACCCCAACCCCUGGCAAGUACUUUGGUCCACCAAAGAGAGAGGAUCCUCGUGGACCUCCUCGUGGCGGAUGGGGUGGAGACCGUUACGAUGAUCGUCGCCGUGGAGGUGGAUACCGCUAUGAACCAUACGGUGGUGGACGCUAUGGUGGCAGAGACGACCGAGACCGAGGUUACAGCCGCCGUGAUCGUGACGACUACAACGACGCUCCCCGUGGAAUUGAUCGUUACGCUGGACCCCGCGAUGGUGGUGACCGUUACAGCCGCUCUGGUGAUGACCGACGUGGAGGUGGAGGAGGAUACGAAAACCGUGAUCGUGGAUACGACAGAGGUGGUCGUGAUGAUAGACCAGCUCGAGACCCGGCUCCCGCUGCUGCCUAUGGUGAUCAAGCUCCUCGUGGAGAUGCUCGAGAGCCAUAUGGAGGUAGAGCCUACGAUGAUGAUAGACAUUCCCGUCGUGAAUAUUAAUUGCUAACCAACAUAGGUGGUGAGCGCCCUGCUCGUUAAAUCGUACGAUCUCGAAGAACGCAGAGGACAGCUUUGGAUCUGCGACUUUCAUUGAUGCGGGUGUACCUCCACUUGUGCUUCUCUUCUCGUUUGUAUUCAUCAUGGUCCAAGGCUUCGGGCAACGGAAAAUGCCAAAAAAAAGUGCGCUGGUAUACAAAUGUUGCGGCGGAAUUUCGAGCGAGAACAUACGAUUCCCUUUGAUUUCAUUUUACAACGGAUGCUAGGGUUUCUUUCAUAAUAUUCAGGUUUUUCGGUUCGACGUACGGUCAUUUGGGCGGAGUUUACAGCAAAGACGAUCCUUUAGUAUAGGGGUGCGUUCUUCCAUGGGACAUAUCACUGGCUUUUUUCGAUCAGCUCCCUCAUCACCUUAUGUCCUCCUUGUACCACUAUUCAGUUGAGACUGAGUUUUUUUUAUCGCAACCAAUUUGCCACGGCCCUAUACGCCUCGAAGAUCUUGUCGACUUCGUUCGUCUUUAGUCGCCAUAAACAAAAGAAUUCGAUACAACUCAUACUCACACACUAUAAUACCCAUGACAACAUUACAAAAGAAUUAUUCGCAAAAAAAAAAAAUGCUAUUUCGAUACGUAUUACAUAUUGACAGCAAGUUUCAACGUGCUUGUUAAUUUCGAAAGAAGAUUAUUUUCGAUUUCACUCAAUGUCGCCCAUAAUGAUAAUUGCCACCUGUCGUGCUCGCCCCCAAUCCGCCCUACUCACAAAUUCACAAUAGCAUUCAUACAAACAAAGAAACACCCAUCAAUCCCAUUCUAUAGGCGACUAGUCGUAAAUCAACCAUGCCUAUUGCAUCCAUAUCACAUACAUCGCAAUGCCAUCGAGACCAGUAAUCGCUCAAAAAUAUUUGCAUCCGGUCAAGAUGCACUCCCAUAUUCGCAAUUCUGAGACUAUACGUAGUAUCAUUCUUGAUGCAAACGGUAGUUAUCAUGAACACAAAUUAUUCGCACAAAGCCUUUCUUGUUGAUAAAACAAGAACAAAGAAAAGAAAGAUUUGAAAUAAAGAAAUGAAGAAAGAAAGGUAAUUCUCCGAAUGGUAGAGAUAAAGAGCUGACUGAUAUUAUCAUGGUUUAUUGUAGGUAAAUGUUUGGAUUCGCUAUUACAUUCCUUCAAGCAAGGGAAUGUGGAGUGGCGUUACGCAAUGGAUGUAUGAUGUCUUACCUGAGAAAGUAAAUCCCAUGGUUCGGUUGAGAAAUUACAUGGGUAAUGGAGACACGAGCCAUGGCAUUACGGGAAAGUUCCCGUCGCUCUGACAUGAUCUUUUAUAUCGUGGCUGACGAGAGAAAAGGAAAAUAGGUAUUUGAAGGUUUGUGUUGUUGAGUGCAUUUAUUUUUACAAUUGUUUUUGUUCAGCUGAUGUUGCUUUUUGUUCAUUUCUGUGUUUGACAUCAGAUGUGAGUAUGCAGGGUUGGGUUGAAUGGGGAGGAGGACAAUGCGGAGUUGAGAAGUUACGGAGGUGAGGAGGAGAUGGUCUACUGGAGGAAUUUGUGCGACGUUGUCUUUUAGUAGG